UUCAAAAAUGAGUUCUCUAGGAAAUAGCAAACUCAAGGAUCAAGAAACUACCAUUAUACUCUUGAGACUUCUCUCUCUCUCUCUCUCUCUCUCUCUCUGUAGAAAACCCCCAACUCUGUGUUUCUGCAUGGCACCUAAGCACCCCUCCAAUGCAAUGAACAAUCCCCAGUCGUCGUCGGAGGAGGACGAGGAACCGUCAUCUUCGGAAUAUGAAACAGCCUCUGAAUCCGACUCCGAAACUGAGUCGGAGUCCGACUCCGGCUCCGUCGGGGAGACAGGAGUGGCCAAUGCCAAGCCUAUUGCUUCCAAGCACGUGGAGAAGGUUACGCCGCCGCCCAAGGCCACCAAGCCCUCCGCUAGUCAGGCUAAACCCGGUACCAAGCGGCUCGGCGGCGAGAGUGAGUUGAUUAAGGACUCCAAGAAGGCUAAGAAGAAGAAGGGAAAUGAUGAAGAGGACUUGAAGAAGGCCAAGAAGAAGAAGGGAAAUGAUGAAGAGGACUUGAAGAAGGCCAAGAAGAGGAAGGGAAAUGAUGAAGAGGACUUGAAGAAGGCCAAGGAGAGGAAGGGAAAUGAUGAAGAGGACUUGAAGAAGGCCAAGAAGAAGAAGGGAAAUGAUGAAGAGGACUUGAAGAAGGCCAAGAAGAAGGGGAUUGAUAAAGAGGACGAUGGUGUAGAAGAGGAGUUGGAGAAACCCAAACAGCUGUUCCAGAGGGUUUGGAGCGAGGAAGAUGAGAUCAUUUUGCUUAAAGGCAUGAAUGAGUACACUAUGGAGAAAAGGUUGGACCCUAGUGCAGAUGUGAAUGCAUUUCUUAACUUCAUCAAAGGCAAGUUGAAGUUGAAUGUUAGCAAGAGCCAGUUACAGGACAAAAUUCGUAGAAUGAAGAAGAAGUUUGAGAACAUUGUGAACAACAAGUACAAACCGACCAAUCCUCAUGAAUGGGCGGCUUUCGAGUUGUCGAAGAAUGUGUGGGGAGAUGGUGAAGAUCUAGCUGGGAAGGUGGAACAGCUCAAGUCUAGUGGGAAUGCUCAGAAUAUGUUGAGGGACGUUCUUGGGUUUGAUAACGGUUUCAAAGAGCUUCGGUUGUCGGAAACUAUUGUGAACCAAGGUCUGCAGUGGAUUGGGGAAUCAAACUGUGCUGAGCUGCUAAAGGAUAGGUGGAACAAGCUGCAUGUUGCUGAAUUGGAGCAUUUUGUUAUGAAGACUGAGCUUAUGAGAGAUCUGGCCAAGUUGAUAUUGGAGGCCCUUAAGUCAUCAAAUCAUUAGAAUGGUGGUAAGGAUAACUCUAUAAGGGAAGAUGAUCAUAAUUUGACUUUUGUUGGUGGAAUCCAUGGUGGGUAUUGUACUUUUUGUUUUGUUCGUGGAUUUCUACAUCUACUUUACGGUUGAAGAAGUAAAAAUAUAUUAGGCCAUGUAUUUAAAUUCCCUAUGUCUAUCUUGACCAUGAAAUGAUGAAUCUUUUAUCAAUUUC